UGAUGAAAAAAAAGGAAGAAAAAGAGUCAGAGUCAUAUAACAGGCUUCGUUGAUAGAUCAGAGAGAGAGAGUGAAAGUGGAAUGGCGAAAAAGGCAGUUUUGAUCGGAAUCAACUACCCGGGAACGAAGGCGGAGCUGAGAGGGUGCGUAAACGACGUGUGGAGAAUGCAGAGGUGUCUGGUGGAGCGAUACGGGUUCUCCGAAGACGACAUCACCGUUUUGAUCGACACGGACAGGUCGUACAAGGAGCCAACGGGAAAGAACAUUCGCACGGCGCUCACCGCGCUCGUCCGAUCGGCGCAGCCUGGUGACGUGCUGUUCGUGCACUACAGCGGCCACGGCACGCGCCUCCCCGCCGAGACCGGGGAGGACGACGACACUGGCUACGACGAAUGCAUUGUUCCCUCUGAUAUGAAUCUCAUCACUGACGAUGAUUUCAGGGACUUUGUUGAUGGGGUCCCUAGAGGAUGCAGGAUCACAAUUGUGUCUGAUUCUUGCCACAGUGGUGGCCUACUUGAAGAAGCUAAGGAACAGAUAGGAGAGAGCACAAAGGGAGAGGAUGAACAUUCUGGCUCUGGCUCUGGCUCUGGCUUUGGAUUUUCUAGCUUUCUACAUCGGAAGGUGGAAGAUGCCAUCGAGUCUCGCGGAUUCCAUGUCCCUUCAGCAUUACGCCACCAUGGUGAUGAAAAUGAAGAUAGGGACAUUGCACUUCCACAUGGGGACUAUGGCUAUGUAAAGAAUAGGUCUUUGCCCCUUUCAACUCUGAUUGAUAUACUGAAGCAGAAAACGGGGAAAGAUGACAUUGAUGUUGGGAAACUGAGACCAACCCUCUUUGAUGUGUUUGGGGAAGAUGCUAGUCCUAAAGUGAAGAAGUUCAUGAAUGUGAUUUUAAACAAGCUCCAACAAGGAAGUGGUGAAGGUGGGGGUGGAAUAUUGGGGUUAGUGGGUGGUCUUGCCCAAGAGUUUCUGAAGCAAAAGCUUGAUCAGAAUGAUGAGGGGUAUGCAAAGCCUGCACUGGAGACACAUGUAGAGAGUAAACAUGAGGCAUAUGCUGGAUCAAACAAACACGCCCUUCCGGAUGGUGGGAUUCUGAUGAGUGGUUGCCAAACUGACCAAACUUCUGCAGAUGCAAGCCCUUCUGGGAAUGCUUCUGGUGCUUAUGGGGCAUUCAGCAAUGCAAUUCAGGCUAUAAUUGAGGAAAGUGGUGGUUCAAUCACAAACCAUGAGCUUGUUUCCAAGGCAAGAGAGAAGCUGAAGAGGGAGGGUUUCACUCAGAAGCCUGGACUCUAUUGCAGUGAUCACCAUGUUGAUGCUCCUUUUGUGUGUUGAUCAUAUGUUCUCAUGUGAUGCUUUGAAAGAGAGAAUAAUGUGUGCUGUUUAUAGUAUGCUUGUGUAUUGCUGUAUAUGUCUUUGGAAAAUCAAGUUAUUGUUUUCAUACUUUUUUAUCAGGUAUGGACUAUUCUUGUGUCUUGGCUGAUUAGAGCAUUGUGGUGACUUUGCUGCUACAUAAUCAUUGUGCUGGGAGACCAAAUUAUCAGAGCAAGGCUAUAUUCCAAACCAAAGAUUUCGGCUCUGAAUACAUUCCAUGUACGUGAAUUUAUAUUUAUUAUAAAAUAUGUAGUUACUUUUUGUGUGUCGUUUGAAAUAUAAUAUUUCUUUAGUGAAA